AUGACAAUUACAGUAUAUGCAGACGAACUCCUACGUCUAAAUGUCGACGAUAUUGGAGAUGAGGAUCUUUUCGACCUUAAAGACCCAGAGAACUGGACUGAGGAACAUGCGGCACAUUUCCGGAAAAUUGUCAAUGAGCGCCAUCAGCGUGAUGAAAAAGAUCGGUCGCGGGCGGUGGAUGCAGAUGAACUUGGGGCACGAUUAGGGUACGAGCGACUUCCUCUCUUGAUUGAAAGAUUUGACUCUAAACCACGAACAAAGCCGCAUUCCUACGAGAGAAUCACCCGCCUUCCCUCUAACGCGUUACCGCUCGUCCUCAAGUUCAACCAUCGAUACGGAGAAAGAUAG